AUGAAUUCUGACGACGAAGACUUUAAUGAUAUUUACGGGGAUGAAUCCACAUCCACAACAACGGUAGUGGAGAACAAGGAGGAAACUAAUAAAGAUGCGAUCAAAACAACCACCAAUGGAGAUUCUACUAGUAAUGCCACGUCGUCGUUAGAUCAAUUGGCUGCACUACAGGCGUUAUCAUCUAAUUUGAAUAAAGUAUCUACACCUAAUAGUAAUAAUAGUAGUAAUGAAACUAGUAGUGAAAGUAAAUCUAAUAAUUAUAAUAAUAAUAUUAAUAAUAAUAUUAAUAAUAAUAUAGAUCAGCAAGGCGUCAAUUCUUCAGGAAAUCCAAAUGAGAAACCAGGUCAAGGAACAGAGAUGUCAUGGGAACAAUUACAACAAACAAUGUCACAAUUCAAUCCACAGCCAACACAACAGCAGCAACAGCAACAACAAGCAGCAUUGAACUCCGUUAAAGCUGAUUUAUCAAGAGAUAUUUGUAAAAUGUUUAUUGGAGGAUUGAACUGGGAAACUACUGAAGAUGCAUUGAAAGACUACUUUAGCAAAUAUGGUAGAGUUAUCGAUCUUAAAAUCAUGAAGGACACAAAUACAGGUAGAUCAAGAGGAUUUGGUUUUCUAACAUUUGAUGAACCUUCGAGUGUCGAUGAAGUUGUUAAGAGUCAGCAUAUUCUUGAUGGUAAAGUUAUUGAUCCAAAGAGAGCCAUUCCGAGAGAGGAGCAAGAUAAGACUGGUAAAAUUUUUGUCGGUGGUAUCGGUGCUGACGUUAGACCAAAGGAAUUCGAAGAAUUUUUUGCUCAGUGGGGAACAAUUAUCGAUGCACAAUUAAUGCUUGAUAAGGAUACUGGUAGAUCGAGAGGUUUUGGAUUUGUCACCUAUGAUUCACCGGAUGCUGUCGACAAGGUAUGUCAGAAUAAAUUUAUUGAUUUUAAAGGUAAAAAAAUCGAAAUAAAGCGAGCAGAACCCAGACAUAUGCAAAAGCAACAAGGCAAUGAGAGCAGCAUACAAUCUUCAUCAGGUAUGCCAAACCCAAUGGCACAAAUGUAUCAAAAUCCAAUGAUGGGUGGUAUGGGUGGUUUCAAUCCAAUGUUCAACCCGCAGGCAAUGGCUGAAUACUAUCAAAAGAUGCAGGAAUACUAUCAACAAAUGCAGCAGCAGACCGGUAUGGAUUAUAGUCAAAUGUUCCAGCAACAAAUGCAACAAAUGUCGAUGAUGAUGCCGGGUUAUAACAUGCCUGGAAUGGGUAAUACAGCAGGAUCUCCAACGAACGGAUCUGGAACUCCAAAUGCAGGUGAUGAGUCAAACUCCAAUAAUAAUAGUACUUCUAAUGUACAAACUAUAGGUGGAGAACCAUCUUCUGAUCAGAAAAAUGAUGAAGCAGAUCCUUCUAGUGAUAAUGGCGACAAUAAGCUACAAAUAAAUCUACCAAGGGGUCCAAGAGGUCCUUCAUCAUCUGAAAAAGGUUCACAUUACGGCCGCAAUGAUCGCGGUGAGCGGGGUGAGCGCGGUGACCGUGGCGACCGUGGGGAUCGCGGGGAUCGCGGGGAUCGUAGUGAUCGUAGUGAUCGUGAUUAUCAUUAUCGUGGUGGUCACCGUAACAACUACCGUGGAGGCAAUAAUAAUGGUGGUGGUGGAUAUCGCGGACGCAGUGGGUUUAACAGACGUAACAAUGGAUAUCAUCCAUAUAACAGAUGA